CUUUCAAGGUGUUACAACAUUUUUGGGACACUCUGUACAAUGAAAUAGUUACGUUCUGUAGACCAUGUUUAUCAAUAUAAAAAAUGUAACACAGUGCAAAUUAAAAUACUAUAAACAAAAAAAUGCACUUUUAUAUAGCUUUUUAGUAACUUAAUCAGACUUCUAGAUGUCAAACAAUUAAUGGAUGUCUCCAAACCAUCUCAAUUUGUUAUGUAUCUGAUCGAUUUUUUUAGGUUAUAUUCAAGCAAAAUUAUUUGAUAAAAGUCGUAGAAUAUUUGAUUGAUUCUAAUUUUGGCUUAACAAAUAUUAUACAGAUUUAAUGCGUCAUUGUUAAAUAAACAAUUAUUUGUGGUUUAUUAUUAUCUCCUGAAAUAAUUUAUACAAUGUCAAAUGAUAAAAAUCAAUCUAAAAUACUAUCGCUUCAUUCAUUUGACAAACAGGAUGUUUCGAUAUUACAAACGGUACAAAACAUGUCUUUGGAAACUAAUGAAGUUGUGACAUUCGAUUAUUUACAAGGAUGUGCAAACAGUUUUGGAAGUAAAGAUUCUGGAAUAAAUUUAUCACCUAUCCCUACAAAUAACUCGAAUACAGAAUUACAAUUAGAAAAUGUAAAUAACAGUUACAAAAACACCAAUUUGGACAACAUGGAUUUUAAUUUAUACAAAAUUGAAUAUAUUUCUGUGCAAAAUGCAGUUAAUUGUCCAAAUGAAUUAAAGAGUAAAUAUAUAAUAUCAAACCAUCUGAAGAUGGAAAAUGUAACAAAACCUAUUGUCCCAUUUGACGAAGGAAGUAUUUAUAUUGAUAAUACAAGAUUAAUACCAACCAUAGACACUAAUAUGGUUAAUCCAGUGAAUGCAAAAGGUAACAAUGUACCUAUUAAAAUAAAAAAGCCUUUUAUAAUUGAAACAAAUAUUUUUACACAAAUUAAAGAUAAAUCGCAUACUUUAGAAAUUAAUGACAAAAAUUCAAACAAUGAAAAUAAUGAUCCUGAAACUAAAUUUAUAACAGCAACUAAUCAAAACAAAAUUAAAAUAAAUGGUAUAGAUGUAUUAAAUAAACAAGUUAAAACGUGUGGCCAAUGUUCAAUGACAUUUAGAUACAAAAGACAUUUGGAUCGGCAUUUGGAAGGUCAUCAAAAAAAUAAUUGUUCUCAUUGUAAUGCAAAAUUUGCAAGGAGAAAACACCUUGAGAUACAUUUAUUUCGUUCACAUGGAGAAAGAGCAACAAAGUAUCCACAUUCCUGUGAUGUAUGCUCUCGUAGUUUUCCUAAACGUACUUUACUAAAUCGCCACCGAGCAAAACAUAACUAUGAAAAUGGCAAGGUUUGUUCAGAAUGCGGAGAAAUGUUAAGAGCAGAAGAUGACGAUAAGGAACACAAAGAAAAUCAUUGUACAAAGAAGCAGUUCAAAUGUAAAAGAUGCUUACAAACAUUUAGUAUCGAGCAAACAUAUUUAAUUCAUAUACAAAAUCAUGAUAAUCAUAAAUGCACAAAAUGUGAUGUUACUUUUGCAUCUAAAAAGAAAGUACAUGAACAUUACAAAAUGGUACAUUCUUCAAAAAUGAAUCAUAGUAAAUUAUCAAAUAAUGGUAUCUAUUUCUGUGCUGAUUGUAGACAUACUUUUAUUAAGAGGGAUGAUUAUUCUCGUCAUUUAGAGUCUACUUCGCAUCUUAGUAAAAUACACAGUGAAGCACUUCCAAGGGACACUUUUACUUGCCCAAUUUGUUCCAAAAAGUUAAUUUCACAAAGAGCACUUGAUCAACAUGUUAGACGUAUACAUAAGGGAGAAAAAAGAUUUGCAUGUAAUAUAUAUGGUUGUCCAUUUCAGUGUGCAAGAAAAUCAGACUUAGAUAGGCAUAAACAGUUACAUGUAGAGCAAAGGAACAUUGUAUGUGAACAGUGUGGUAAAACUUUUACUAGUGUUAGUAUUCUUAAUGAUCAUGUUCUUUAUGUACAUAAUAAAGAGAGGCAAUUUAUAUGUGAAGAAUGUGGUAAAGCAUUUAAACGAAAUAGUUUAUUGAAGAGACAUAAAUUAUCUCAUCAACAAUUUCGGCCAUUUGUUUGUAUGCAAUGUAGCACUGCUUUUAAAAGAUCGCAUCAUCUUACUCGCCAUAUGGAAACUUGUCACAGAAUUACAUUUGAAAAGAAGAAAAAGGUUGUAAAACUCAUGAAAACAGAAGAUGGCCUCCUUGUUCCAGUACCAGAAAAACCCAGAAAGCUUAAGCCUAAAAAACAUACAAUUAAAGGAGGAUUUAAUGCAGUUAUAACAUCAAAUGAAAAAGUUGAAUCUUCUGAAAAUACGGACAUCGUUAAUGAACAUUUUGAUUCAUGUUUGGAAUUACAAUCACUGCCUAAUUCUGACGAUCUCUGUGAAAAUUCAACACUACCAUUAGAACUUACUAAUUUAUUAUCUUCAACAGAUUCUACCCCUCAUGUUCUUUCAUUAGUAGAUAUUAAUACAGAGCAGAUUGUUACUGUAGAAGUUACUAGUCCAAAGACCUUAAUAAUGAAUGAUCUCGUAGAUCAGUUUGAUACAAAUUGUACUGAAAUAUUGAAUCUUAGUAGUUAUCAAGAUUUGGAAUUUCAACAUGGAAUUUUAAAUACGGAUCAACAUUUUUACGACCAUUCAAAUUAUUCUGAAUUAUCAUUAGGAGCUGUUGAAGGAACGUCAUUUUUUGUAGAUUCAAAUAUUAACAAGAUAGAUAAUUUGCAGAUGGAAAAUUAUUUAAAUCAACCAUUUCCAUUAUUUUUAAAUCUUUAAUCAAACCGAAGAAAAUAACAACUGAAAACUUAAAUCAU